AUGAGCACUCCAGCAACCUCCUAUUCGGCAGCACACCGACAAUACGUCAAAUCGUUAUACAAGCGAUAUCUGGUCAACUCGCUGAAUUGGUAUAUCCGAAGGGACCUCUGGAGGGAGAGAGCUAUUGAGAUUAGGGCAGAGUUUGAGAGAAAUAGGAACAUCACCGACCCCCGUGCACUUGCCUUGGUACUCGAACAAGCGGAAGAGCGAUUAGCCAAAGAAAUCCACCCUGAUCCAUAUCGACCACCUCUCUUCCCUGAUGGUACAAAAUGGGAACGUAACCUCCCUCCUCGUAUGUUCUCCGCCAAAGAGAAAGCCGAUGCUCUUGCUGCUUCACACUAG